AUGGUGCAUGCAUCCGACUCAGAAGCAAAUUUGGGAAACCCAGUCAAGUUAGAAAUGACAUCUAAACGUCCAUUUCCCUUCGAGAAUGUCAGCGGUAAGGAGCACAAGAAAAGAAACAUCAAUUCUUUAUCGCAUAAGAAAAUCUCCCAAUUAUUGGGUGCAUUAGAAGAACUUCUUGGGGAAGACGAUGUGGGCGAAGUUGAGGCCUUAAUGGGUGGUGCAGCAUUUUCGGGAGCAACCGAACUUCGUAGUACACUACGAGACCAAGUGCAGUCAGACUUGAAUAAUACCAGCCAUAGUGGUUCUGGGGACUCUAAGGUUGAAAGUUCAUCUCAAGAACCUGUCAUUGGAAACCCGGGGACAAUAUUAACAGCUCUACAAAUUACACCAUGGACUUUGUCUUCCAUUCCAUCAAAACUUCCGCCCCUUCCAGAAGUGUAUGAUCCUACUCUCGAGCUGGCUUCGUUCACUCACCAUGGCCGUACUAAUGGUAGCGUUACUGAUUUAAGCUAUGAACGCCUAGAAUGGAUAGGAGAUGCAUAUAUCUACAUCAUUUCUACCCUUCUCAUAUCACAGACAUUCCCUGCCUUACUGCCUGGAAAAUGCUCCCAACUUCGUGAAAGACUCGUCAAAAAUGUCACUUUGGCUGAUUUCGCACGAAAAUAUGGUUUCGAAAAGCGCGCGAAAUUGCCAGAAGAUAUUCUUCACCCUAUGAAGAACGGAAAAAAUCCGGAAAAUGGAGUUUCACGUGCAUCAGAAUGGCUAAAGAGUCUCUGGGCCAUGGUAUUGUCGAAAGAAAUCCAACAAGAAGAGCGGAAUGAGGAUAAAUUGGAUAGCCCCUUAUGGAGAUUAAGAGGAAAUGUUGACCAUGUCCAGACCAAAACUAAAAGCGUGCUUAAUCCCAAAGAGAAAUUACAAAAGGCCCUCAGUUCGAAAGUCAGUAAAUUGACAUAUAAGGAUAUUGGAACAGCCAAGAAGGACAAGAAUACUAAACUCGCAGUGUUUACAGUGGGCGUUUUUCUUAACGGAUGGGGUGAAGUUGACAAGCAGAUUGGGUUUGGAAGUGCCAAUGGCAAGAAAGAAGCCGGCUUCAAAGCCGCGGAGAUGGCGUUGAACAACAAGAAGAUGAUGGCCAAGUACUUGGAAAAGAAGAAGAUCUACGAUGCACAACAGGAAAGAGAAAGAAUUGCGCUUCAAAAACAAGAAGAAAAUCGAUCAUGA